CGAAACGUAUCGUUCGGCCCGCUUCCACCGCCACAGAGGGAAGCUGUAAACCUACCCCUUCACCAUAGUUAUACAAGUAGCCAAGGACUUUACGCUUCGUUAUGCUUACGUGUCACAAACAACCUUCAUUAACUUCUAGAUUUUAUGUGAUAAUUAUUAUCUCCCUUGCCCUCGCGUAAUGUUAUCGAUGUGUAUGUGUGUGCCCGAGGCCUGUCGGACUGCACCAACAGAAGAUAUUAAGCCACGGGAAAGAUAGCAACGGGUGUAUAACUGUGGAACGAAGACAUAUCUUCUUCAGGGAGUGACGGCGCGGACCUCGUGGCGGCGCGAUGGGGCUGGAGACGUGGGUACUGCUGGCGACGGUGGCGGUCCUGGCGUGGCUGUAUACCAAGUGGCGCCACACCUACUGGGCUUCCAAGGGCGUCCCCUCCCCGCAUGCCACCCCAUUCCUGGGCCACUUCCAUAAGUCGUUCUUCGUCAAUAAGAGACUUUGGGAGUUUCAUCAAGCGAAUUACACAAAGUUUUACAAAUCGUCCAUGUGUGGCUUGUAUGAGUUUUCUAGGCCUAUUUUAGUAAUAUGGGGAACCGAAAUGCUAAAACACUUCUUCGUUAAGGAUUUCGAUCACUUUAGCGACCGAAGAGAUUUCAAAUUAAACUCUGGCCAUCGGAGGGAGAAGAUGGCCAUGGAGAUGGUUGCUCGCAAGAACGGCGAAGAGUGGAAGAAAAUGCGGGCCAUCAUCUCGCCCACCUUCAGCUCGGGCAAGAUCAAAAGCAUGUUUCCUCUGGUGUGCGACAAGGCCGAUGCUCUCGUCCAGUUCCUGAUGAGACAAGCGGCACAAAACCAGCAAGUGGAGAUGAAGAAGACCUUUGGCCGAUACACUCUGGACACGAUUGCUUCUUGCGCCUUUGGCAUAGAGUGUAAUUCUCUGGUUGACGAAAAUGCUGAAUUUCCUCGCAUGGUGGAAGCUUAUUUUGCUAAGAGUCCAGGCAGGGUAUUUAAAAUCUUAUUACAUAAAUUCAUACCAGGACUCUUCAAAUUGCUUAACAUUAGCAUACAGUCCCCAGCAGCAGACUUUUUCAUCGACGUUGUGAAGCAAGCGAUAGCGGCUAGGGAGGCCGGGAUGAAGCGAGGAGACUUUCUGGACCUGCUGCUGGAGGCGCGAGACAGCACCGGCGACCCCAACAGUAAAUACGUGCUGAACGAUCUGGGUAUUGUGGCGCAGUGCGUGAUGUUUCUCGUCGCCGGGUACGACACCACCACCUCCUUGCUGUCAUUCUCCUCUUUCUUGCUGGCCAAGCACGAGAACCAGCAGCAGCGCCUCCGAGACGAGGUGCAGCAACUGGUGAAGGAGCACGGCUGCAUCACCUACCAGGGCAUCAUGGAGGCCAAGCUGCUCGAGGCCUACCUUCAAGAAACUCUUCGGUUGUAUCCCCCUGGCAUACAGCUGGAGCGCGCCUGUACCAAGGCCUGCUCACUACCCGGCACUGGCCUAACCCUCAAACCUGGAGACUUGGUGCAGGUACCCAUCUGGUGCCUCCAUCACGACCCCAACUACUGGCCCGACCCUGAGACUUUCAUCCCGGACCGCUUCCUACCCGAGAACAAAGGCAACAUCCAUCCAUUUACACACAUUCCCUUCGGGAUAGGACCAAGAAACUGCAUAGCCAUGCGGUUUGCUCUGAUGGAAGCCAAGGUAGCACUGGCCAAGCUGUUGCUGGAAGCAGAGCUGAAGUUGGCGCCGGGCCACGAGGAGGUGACCAUAAUAUCAAGCAUUGCUUUGCGUCCUAAGGAUGGUGUGAUGGUGGUGUUGAAGCCACUCAAGAAAUUAAUUUAACCUGAGCUUCAUAUAUCAGACAAAUCUCUGACCUAACACCCACGCCGUGACGACCACCACUACUCCACCUGCAGCUUCAGACUCCCUAGAAGACGUCUCAAACACUAUUUUCAGAAACUAUACACCUCAUAAUUUUGCUCACAAACUGACUACCAUUUGAAACCUUUUCUUACAGUGUCAUGGGACAAAAAGUAAAAAAAAAAAAUAAUAAUAAUAAUAAUAAAUAAAUCAAUCAAUCAAUCAAAUAGGGGAAAUAGAAGAUAACAUAAUUCAGUAGUGAUCAUGUAAAAUUAUUUAGUUAAGAUUGACCUAAAGGAACGACAACUCCUCUAAGUAUUUUCUUUUUUAUUCGUAAAUAAACUUUGUAUAUAUUUUCGAGAUCAGUAAAAAUUCAAGACAAGGAUAUUAAAUGAAACUGUAAUCUAGAAAUUGACAAAUUAUAUAUAUUUGAUAUGAAAACUUGGCUUGACACACAUGAAUACAACAGCCCUACUGACGCCAGCACUAUGUGAAAACCAGAAAACCAAGGUUCCCGACUUUUGUUAAAUAAGUCAGAUAAAAAAUCCCUUUCACAAGCUGCUAUAGAUUAAGUGGAAACUUGUAGGGAAUGUUAAUUCUGUGUAGUUAUGGAGAAAUUCUGAGAAUAUUGUUUGAGAUCCAAAUUUGUAAAUAGACAGUGUUAGGGUCUGUCAGUAUGUGGAACUGUUAGCUAAGAUGUUUAAGAACAAUCCCAGAGAAGAGAAGGACUAUAAACUUUUAGGAAUAUUGCAAAAAAAAUCAUUAAAUUCUGGCGAAGGAUCUACUUUGUUAUGUGAGGCGCCCUAUACAAGGCCUGGCGGCAGACCGCAGGGCCCAGACGCUAAAUAGACAGUUUGUUGACAGGUACGUCACGUUGUUCUGAGAAUCUUAUGUUGUUUAUAAAACUUGUCUAUAUGGGAAUAACCAUUUGCUCCUAUUAUAAAGUGAAUACUUGUGUCAGACGCUAAACAGACUGCUUGUUGACAGAGAGAAGAGCAUUUAAAUUCCCUGGCUAGAUAUCUAUUUAGUUUUAAGGGAAAUAACUUCAGGAUGUAACUUAAAUUCAGAUUAGAUAGGUAAAUUAUCUUGGGAGUAUGUAAUAGUCAACACAAUAGUGAUACACAACAUAUUUUGAUGUAACACCAACUCUACUUUAGGAUGCUUAAUAUUGAAAAUUAAGGUAACCCUGGGCACACGUAAAUUAACUUUUUUGUAAGUUAUUUGAUUAUUUAAAAAUUUUCUCAUGAACUGAUUUAUGGGUAUUGUCACUUUUCCUAGUAUAGGGGUACCACAACUCCAAGGUAAUUGAAUAAUCUAUUAGAUAAACUAUUGUGUAUUUAGAAAGAAGAAUAAUAUGAGGCCUAUAUAUAUAUAUAUAUAUAUAUAUAUAUAUAUAUAUAUAUAUAUAUAUAUAUAUAUAUAUAUAUAUAUAUAUAUAUAUAUAUAUAUAUAUAUAUAUAUAUAUAUAUAUAUAUAUAUAUAUAUAUAUAUAUAUAUAUAUAUAUAGAUAGAUAGAUAGAUAGAUAGAUAGAUAGAUAGAUAGAUAGAUAGAUAGAUAGAUAGAUAGAUAGAUAGAUAGAUAGAUACUUAUUUCAAAUAAAAAUUAAUCUUUUGUCAUGGGAUUUUCCAGUGCCUUAUAGAACCCCAGCUAAUUAAUAAGAACAACACUACCAUACUACACAAAUAAAUGUAUUAGGCAUAAACCCACGGCUGGUGGCAGCUACCUUUAACUUUAACAAUCAAACAAACUUAAGGUGAAAACAAUCAAACAAAUGAUGAUAAAUCAAAACUAAACUGAACUUUAAUAUCAUAAGAACUGUAAUAUUUAAGAAAAAUACCCUCAAUACCCCCUCCGUAACAACAGCAGUCCUCUUUACAGUAUUAGUACACCUUAUGUCGACAGGGAUGCACUAUGUGAAUGUAUUUACAAGUAUUAGAGGGCCCUGUAAUGUAACAAAUGUAAAAUUAACAACAUUAUGUACAAUACACAUGUAAAUAUAAUUAAAUAUGGAAUAUGGAAAUAG